UUUCGACCUGGGCUGUCAUCGUCUGUCCGUCUGUUCAGGAUUUACUCAAGAUUAGAUGUGCUUGGUUAGGUGGCAAAUCUGUCAAAAGGGUUUGCCCUUGUGAUGAGAAAUUUCGUUGAGUUAUGAGAUUUGAUCAAUAUUUUGGUAGAAUACAGUGAAGUAUUCUUAUAGUGAUACAACAAACUCUUAUUAAUUAUGGCAAACUUUUUAAUUUAUAACAAACUUUUAGUUUAUAAAUCUAAUUGUAAUGAAGUACCAAAAUUAUUAACCAAACUUAAUUUUAGAUUCUCAGUAGACAGAGUAAUUAGGCGAUCUUUAUCAUUGCGCCACAAAGAAAAUUGUUAUAGAAGUACAUCGUACCUACAAAUUCACCACAAAUAUUUAGAGAUCUGUGAAGAGUGGAGUAGUGUAUGAUGGGGAGAACUUGGAGACGGAGGUGCAGAAGAAAAUGUUCUACAGAUCAAGUGGUCUCUUUGGGACAAGACAAGAAGUUUCAGCAGCUGGUGCAAUGGAUGAAACACAACGGCUGGAGUCAGGUCGGGCGACUCGCUCCCACAGACUUCCCUAGCACUGGCCGGGGACUCAAGGCUCUGCAACACAUUUCCAGUGGAGAUAUCUUGGCCACCAUCCCCGGUAAACUUUUAAUGACAGUGGAAACUGCAUCCAAAUCUCUGUUUGGUGACGUGUUCAGAAGAAAUAAAUUGUUAACUCAACAAGUGCUUGCGGCUCAUAUUGUGUUUGAAAAGCAUCUCGGGGAGAAAUCAUUUUGGGCAAAUUAUAUUAGUUCCUUGCCGGAGGAAAUAAAGACUCCUGUUUUUUCGUCUAGUGCUGAAAUUGAAGCCCUUCCAGAACAUCUGUCGAGUAAAUUGAAUACUUAUAGAAGUAAUGUGUCAGAACUUUUCAGAAUGUUAGCGGAAUCUAUGACGUCUGUUGAGAAAUGCUCCCAUUGUGAUAUGUACUUUAUCCCAAAUCCUUACAGAGGACUGUUUUUUGUGGGCGUGGUUUAUAAUAAACUCUCGAGCGGUAUAUAUUAGUCCAGAACACAAUAGCGACCAUGAUUUAAUACUUUCAGAUAAAAAUUGUCUAGCUUUAGCUCCUUACUUAGAUAUGUUCAAUCACUCAAAUGAUGCCAAAGUACAAGCUUUUUUUAAUGAACUUGAUGGCUCAUAUCAAAUAAGGACUUUAGCACCAUACAAGAGAUUCAGUCAAGUUUUCAUACACUAUGGAGAUCAUUCAAACUUAAAACUCUACUUAGAAUACGGGUUUAUCAUGCCCAAAAAUAUUCAUGAUAUUCUACCACUAACAUUUGAUGAUGUGUAUUCCACUAUAAUUGGUGUACAACAAAGAAAUAACGUUUCUAAGAUGACAUACUGUUUCUUAAAGUCACACGAUUUGUUGAAAAACAUACACUUAAGUGCAGAUGGCAUGUCAUGGAGUGCAAAAGCAUUGGUAUAUGUUUUACUUUUUUCAGACAAAAUUGACCCGAAAACUAUUCAGUUAAAAGUGUAUUCUAGUAAUUUUACUGAAAGUGAAAUGAUUGAAAUUUUUAAAAUUGGAACAAUUUUAGUACAGAAUAAGCGUGCUCAAGUAAAACUAUUGCUUCAGAAUAUGAUUGAAGCAAAAGAUACUAAAUUCUCUGGCAAUGUUUCUGGAAGUUUUAUCUUAGCCAUUGAUCUGUAUAAUGAAUACUUAGAAGUUCUGAGUGAGUGUGAAAAAUCAUUGACAUUAUAAGACUGAUAUUCAGCCUUUGAAAAAGAUAUUUUUCUUAUAUAUGUGAUGAAUAUUUUAAAUGGGUAUUUAUCGAUUUAAUUGUUAUUUGUGAUUGAGAAAACUGUGUAACUAAUGUUUAAAACAUUUUUUCAUGUACAUUACAUCUUCAGUUUCUUUCACUUCAUUUAAGUCCAUUACAUUAAAAUAAAGCAAAUUUUCUUCUUUUUUGUUGUAGUAAAAUUUAUUUACUAAUUGAACUAUAAAUAAAACACAUUUUAAUAACUGUAAUUUUUUUAAAUAUGUAUAUACAGUGUGGUCUCUAUUUAAUUCGUGUAACCCCUUACAAAAUAUCCUUGUAUUGUGAUUUAAGGAGAGAACAUCAAUCAUGAACAUUCAUUGCAACAAAUUCCUAUAUAACAAACAUAACCUCUUAGUAACUAAUUCUUAAUGUUUCCAAUCCAUUUAUUAAAUAUUUAUUAAAAAAAAACUAUAUGGAUUGUAGUGACUUUAGGUAUGUCUUGACAUGAAACGAAUAACAUCUAUUUCGUACACAUUUUUCUGCAGUUUAACACACUCCUGCUCCCAGAGAGAUAUGUUUGGAAUGUUUGGAGACCAAUCAUUUUGAAUGUUCCCAUCUAUUCUAAUCAGCAUAGAUAGGCAGCCUUAGUUUUUGAAUUCCGAACUGAUCUUCCAAGGCUUAAUUAACAAACUUGAUUCGAUCUUUGCUUCUUUCAUUUAGCAGAUUAUUUUGUGCAAGAUAGACAGAUUAAGCGUUUUUUUUUUUUUAAUAUUUGUAUUCAAUUCAUAUUUUGUAAUACCUUAAGCAUUUAAAAAAUUAUUGAAAAUACAAUUUCCAUUCAUGUACAAAGUAUUGUCAGUUUUACAUAAUUUUGUUUUCAAUGCUAAUUUAAGAAAAAAUGUGAUUCACAGUUAAGAAAUGCAAAUUAGAAAAAAAAUGAAUAACCAAUAUUACAUAUAUACCGUUAAUAUAUAUUUAUAUAUUUUUAACCAAUAGGUUUAUAAAAUAAAAUUUAAAACCCUAAAAAUUUUUAGUAUGUUUUUGGAGGAAUGUUUAGUUUGCAAGUUGAGAAUACAAUCAGAGGGUUUAAAAUGCUAUCCCUUAUGGUACUUAGCCAUAUUUAGAAAAUAUCGUAGCACGUGUGUAAUGAGUUGUAAUUUAAACAAAUUUUAAUAUAAACACAAUCUGUUAUUUGUCAUAUGUCCUAAUAUUUUUUUUGUAGAUUUUAAGUGUUUUAAUUAAGAGCUGUGACAGAACAGGAAGCUGUAGAAUGUUACUAUCCUUAUGAUAGAUGAUCUUCUGUGAAGUCAUUGUAGUCAGUAUUAAAACUUUUAUACAAAUUAUUUUAGUAACAAUUAGCAAAAAGUAAGAAUGAACUUAGUACAUACAUUGUAAGUGGAAAAUAUCCAUGUGUUUGUAAAUAUUCUACCAUGUAUUAUCCUGAAACGUACCCAAUUAGUUUUGUUUGCGGUUUAGAUUUUGUUGCGGGGUGGAUUAUUGUGUCAAAAUAUGAUGUGGAGAGAAUGUAAGCAGACUAGGAUAAUAUUUUAUUUGCCUAAUAUUUUAAUUUUUAUAUUUUAAUUGUAUAUUUUAAGUCCUUACUUUGCCUAAAAAGCAAUAUUUGCUUAUACUAUAUAAUAAACUGAGUUUAUGGAAUUGACUUGAUGAAAUGAAAUGAAGAAUGUCUGUAUUAGAGGUGAAGUAUGAGUAUUUGUAUUUGUGGUACCUAUUUUUUUCUGUAAUAACAGUAGUAACUAUUGUAAUUUAACAUGAUUUUUUCUUGUUUCUGUUUUUAAACCAAAUUAAACUAACGGUUAUGAUAUUUUUCUUGUCCAAUAAUCGAUGUAAUGAGGUCAAAAUAAACAAGAUUCUACUUUACCAUUAUUUUUUAACAACUGACUACUUAGUUACAUUUAAUGAAACUUUUAAGACGGUUAUUUCCGUAACUAAUGUUUGUAUAAAUAUAUGUAUUUUGUUACUCAUUUAGCACUCAGUACAUAGUGAUUUUACUCAUAAAAUAUGUGGAUAACUAAUCUAGGAAUCAUAAUUUUGUUGUUUAAAACCACGUUAUUUACAAAUUGUACAUGUUAUAUGUGAUAUUAAAAUGUAUAUUUUGUUGAGGCAUGUGCAUGAAGUCUAAUUGAUGUGCAGAGUACUUAAUAAUACUGAUAUUCACAGAACAUUAAUUAUGCAAUUUUGAUAUUAAAAUGUAAACAUUAUUUAAUUAUAAACUUAUUUCAAACUCUGUUUCUAAGUUAGCCUCUAUUUUUUUAAAUAUUUUAAGUGUAUGAUUGUAUUAAGUUACUAGUAUCAAGUAAACUUGUGUUUUGAUUGAAAUAUAUCAUAAGAUACAAUCUAUGUUAAUGGUGAUCUCUUCUACUACAUUAGACAAUCUCAUUAAACUGCUAACAAUCUAUAUUUUGGUAAUCAUUGUUAAUUAUUGUAAUUUUAUGAUUAUAUAUUUAUAUUUGAUGUCUGAUUAUAUUUUUUAAUAAAACUGUCCAAAACCGU